GUCAAUUUUGUGAACUGUAUAUAUCAGUGUGGUGUAAACAAGUUUUCAAAAAAGAAAAAAUGUUCCUGACAUUAUCUACUCUCACUGUGUUGGUUCCAAUUUUCUCUUUAAUUGGACUGUUUUACUCAGCAAAAGUAGAUGAGAAUUUCCCACAAGACUGUACAAGUACAAGUAGUGUGUGCUUCUAUAGCCUCCUGCUUCUAUUAACCAUACCAGUGUAUGUGUUCUUCCAUCUCUGGAAGUGGAUGGGAAUCAAACUUUUCAGACACAACUAAUGUACUAUAUGGACAAUAAUGCAAGAGCAUCUGUCAUUUGAAAAAUUGACAGUUUUUUUUGUCUGACUGCUUCAUUUUAUUAAAUGGUUACAGUAAAUACAAUAGUGUACCAUAGAAAUGUGUAAGUUAAAGUCUUGGUUAUAUGUGUAAUGUACUACUGCUUUACUCAGUCACACAUUGAUCAUAAUAAAAAUGCAGCUGAUUUUGAAUCCAAAAUGUGAUUCUGCUAAUACUAAACAUUCUGUAUGACAAAACUUUACUGUUGGGUAUAAUGUAGUUUAGACAUGCCAGUCUGUAACACUUCCCUACAUGUUAGUUAUUUUCACACUUGUAUGAGUAAAGUUAAACAUUGAGACACUUAAUUUUAAUGGAACUUAA